AUGGCAGCACGCACACCCAUUGCAGCAAUCAAGCGCGUGUGGGAACGCAUCGCGCCGCUCCAACUCGCCGAGCGGAGCUGGGACAAUGUCGGCGUCCUUGUCGAGGCACCCUUCCCGGAGACAAGGGAGAGGAAGCAGGUCCUUCUGACUAUUGACCUCACCCCCUCGGUGUGCGCUGAGGCUCUCGCGCUGCCCGCCUGCUCCGCCGUCAUCUCGUACCAUCCUCCCAUCUUCCGUGGUCUGAAGUCGAUCACUCUUGGUGACCCGCUGCAGGCGUCGCUGCUCAAGCUCGCUGCACGGGGUAUUAGCGUGUUUGCGCCGCACACGAGUUUGGACGCGACGCCGAAUGGCAUCAACACUUGGCUCGUCGAGCCAUUCAAGGGCAAUUCGAGCGCGAUUGAGGUCGUUACGGCCACCGAGAACCCGCCUGAGGGCUUUGAGGGCGCAGGAAUGGGCAAGAUCGUCCGUCUCAAGGUUGGGAUGAGUCUCGAGGACGUCGUCGCCACUGUCAAGAAGCACCUCGGCCUGCAGUAUGUCCAGGUCGCGACGCCCAACCCCGAGCGCAAGGUCGAGAGCGUCGCCGUGUGCGCCGGCUCGGGCGGCGGCGUGCUGCGCGGCGUCAAGGCCGACCUGCUCCUCACAGGCGAGAUGUCUCAUCACGAGGUGCUCGCGUGCGUUGCCGCAGGCCAGACCGUCAUCCUCGCCAACCACUCCAACACGGAGCGGCCGUACCUCAAGGCAGUGCUCCAGCCGUGGCUCCAGCGCGAACUCGACACAGAGGGCGCAGGAUGGGAGGUGCUCGUGAGCACGAACGACGCCGACCCUCUCCGGACCAUGUAG